AUGGAGCUCUUUUGCCAUGGUCCCUCACUAAAUGUCUCCAUACCAAUCCACAACACCAGCAUGUCACCCAACUCCACUGUGGCUAACACCACCACCGUCACUACCAGCCUUUACACCGAAGCUAGCCUCCUAGACAUCCUUGGUCCCAAACGGUCUCCCUUCUUCCUCCCGGUUGCUGGCAGUUAUCUGCUUAUUUUUCUGGUGGGCUUGAGUGGAAACCUUCUCACCUGUGCGGUGGUGGUCAAGCACAAGAAAAUGCGCAACCCCACCAACCUAUAUCUGGUCAGCUUGGCCAUGUCCGACCUUCUUAUGCUGGUUUUCGGGAUGCCUAUGGAGAUCUACGACUUGUGGCAGAACUACCCGUUCCCGUUUGGUGCCGGCGGUUGCUACUUCAAGACAUUUAUCUUCGAGACCGUCUGUUUCGCGUCUAUCCUCAACGUCACAGCUUUGAGCGUGGAGCGCUACAUCGCUGUGGUGCACCCUCUCAAGACCCGCUACUUAACCACUAAGAGGCACGCCAAGCAGGUUAUCGGGGCUGUGUGGGCAGUGUCUAUGUUGUGCGCCGUACCCAACACUUCCCUGCACGGUAUCUUCUACCUUCCGGGCCUCAUGAAGGAGUCGGCAAUUUGCGCCGUGCUCAAGCCAUUGUGGAUGUACCACACGCUCAUGCAGAUCACCACUGUCUGCUUCUUCUUCAUCCCCAUGUUGGUGAUCAGCGUACUAUACCUGGUGAUGGGCCUGCAUCUGGGCAGGGAAACAAAGCUGAAGCGGCGCAACUUCAGGAACAACUGGGGCAGCGACACUCGUGUGAGUGUGAACGACGAGGCCGGUCGGCGGACACAAGUCGUCAAGAUGCUUUCAAUCGUGGUGGCGGUGUUCGGUGUUUGCUGGGCACCAUUCCACAUGGAGCGUCUGCUGUGGAGCUCCGUGCACCAGUGGACUGACCUUAUGCACAACAUCUACCAGUACGUCCAUAUCCUGUCCGGGGUCCUCUUUUACCUCAGUUCUGCUGUCAACCCAGUCAUCUACAGCCUGAUCUCCACGCGCUUCCGCGAAUGUUUUCGCGACCUGGUGUGCUCACGGGCCAAUAAACCGAAAUCCGUACCGCCCCCGAAGAUCUCGCUGGUCCUAACCACCUCCAGGGUCCAGAAUGGGGGUCAGGACUCGUUGAUCCGGUUGCUGUCCCCACCAAUAACGAAGGGAUUGGAUGCUACGUUGCUUUCGAGUGCUUGUGAAGAGAUGGUUUACAAAACUUCGGUGUUCUGA